AGCGGUCCCGGCCCACGAUUUCUCACUUCCUGAAUACAAUCACGCUAUUGUUACCAGCGACGCUCACAUUUCAAUGGACCGUCUGUGUAUACUCACCGUUAACAUUGGAUGUAUAAUGACUCCUACUGUUAUCAACGAUGACAUCUUAUAAGUAUUAACUAGUGCGAUUGUUUGUUUUUACCCAAGUUUUAAACUAGUUUUAUUAAUAAAUACAUUAAUAUGGAAGUGUAAUGUAUGAAUUGUUACCACCCAUGUGUAUUAAAAAGAACGGAAUUAUCUUAACUUGAAUAUGGCGGGCAAAUUCAAGAAUAUCGCCCUCGACUAUGUGACUUUGGGCUUGACGGUUUUGGCCCUAAUCCUACAGGGGGUAGCGUUCGGGGAUGGGCCAUGGUGGAUCCACGACGGGAAAGUGGGACGAAGCUACUUCAGCAUGACGGGGCUACAGACGUGCCAGUUUUCCUGUGUGUCCAAGACGGUGCUUGUCAUAGAGGGAGGCUUAGAGUGGAUCCUGAGUGUGCGGGUAUCGGAGGUGUUUGGUCUGGUGUUUAUUCUGCUGGCGCUUGUGAUGGCGGUGUUGGCCAUCACCAUCCGUACCCGACCCAUACACACGGCUGUCGUCUACCUUCAUGGGGCCGCAGCCCUUUUUAUCCUUCUGGGACUGCUUAUAUUUCUGGGUUGCCAAAAGCAAUUAAACGCUGACCUCGAGGGUUCAGGUUCCAUCCAAUACCCGUUCGUUAUUGGGUUUCUGGCGUGCGCGGUUUGUGCCAUCACUUCUGUCGUGGCGGGGGUCGCUCUUCGCAGGCAUCUGCUUACAUUUACAGACGAUGACGACGAUGGUGAAUUUGGAGACAUUGCUGUUAUUGAGUAACGGUUGUUAGUAGUGUCUGUGUGUAUGCCAGCGUGUGUGUGUUCGUGUGUGCGUGCGUGCGUGUGUGAUGUCUACCUAAGAACCGUUACGAUUUACAAUGGGAGUAAAGUAAAACUCUUAAAGAGCAGUGUAUAUACCAUGACGCUUCCAUUUUACAUAAACUGCUCGAGCGGCUCCCAAAUGAGGAGACUCGGCGUUUAUCCUCGAUUUGUUUGCUUUUUUAUGUAUAAAACGUCAAUCAGUAUGUUCACAUGCGAUUCUCGUCUUGUUCGGGGUAAUGCAAAUACAAUUCCUUUAAAUUCCAUAUCAUAUAUUAUAAUGGUCUAUGCAUAACGUCUGUGUAUAUAUCGCUUAUGUAAGAAAUAGGGUUGAAAAAUAUACCGUGUGAAUUCAUACACGAUAACAAGAAUAAUAAACAUGACACUGAGGCCUGCCCAGUAAAGCUGUUCAUCCGGUGAUUGUUAUCUUGCAUUCCGGGCGACGGUAACCCGCGAUGAACGCCAUACUAUCGCAACUGCUCAUAACAUUUGAAGUGGAUGCAGUAUGAAGACAAGUGCGUUUACCUAGUAUCAUUGAGUUAUUAAGGAAAUAAACUUAUCACAAUGAA